CUUCCGGGUUUAUCUCAGGCUCUGCGCUUUCUCCUCCCGCCUACCUCAACCAUAUUCAUGCUCCGCCAUUGACUAGCGAAAUUCUCUACCACAAGCAAGAGCUAUUUUAUUAUGUCCGCUGCAAAUGAUUCUACACUGCGACUCAAGUUCCUGCAGAGUUCCGCAAAAUUACUAGGUGCACAAAGUGUGUCCACGGCAGCUCAUCUCAUCAGCGUGCACAAUGGCUUGCUCUAUGAAAACUUGAAGCCUUUGAAGCCGCGGCAGCAUGAAACUUGGUGUGGCGCUUGUGGCAGUCCACGAGACAAGGAGCAUACCAAGAUUUCGAAAAUCAAACAGAGACGCAGCCUGAGGAAUGGUCAGGUGGCGUCGAAAGACGCCAUCCGAGACGCGACUGUCUACCAAUGUCUUCGUUGCAACAAAAGAAUGACCCGAUACCUACAGCCUCAGAUUCGCAAGCAACACGAGCAAACGAAUGCCCCUACAAAAAUAACAUCCAAUAUCAACCAGCAUGGCCGGGAUUUAUCUACUCCUACGGAGUCUUUGCCAAGUCCACUUGAAGCAGAUGUGUCCAAGUCCGUCUUGGACAACGCGAGCAGCAAGAAAAGGGCGAAAGCGCGCAAGCAAGGAGGGCUCCAAGCAGUUUUAGCCUCCAAAGCGCGCACACAGACGGCCCGCGCAUCGACAUCAUCUCUAGAUCUCCUGGAUUUCCUGCAGCAAUAAAAGAAGCGUCCUCGUCCUUGAUGCCAAGCCUCGGAGAAUCGGGGGCUGGCUUCCGAUCACUUGCUCGCCGCUUUCCCUAACUCGGGCAAGUGCGGGGUGUCUAGCUCUGGCUACGCUUAUCGCUGUUGGCUGCUGGCUGCUGUACCCCGCU